AUGAUCCACCGGAGCGUCUUCCGGCUCGAGAUCUUGGCUCGAGCUCCCCCGUCCGAGAAGGUUCCCGCGGACGAGGACUGCUUGGCCCUGGCCAAAAAGUCUGCACGGACUAUCGACGAAGGACCGCUAUUUCUGUUGCUCAUCGAAGGCGUCAAGGCGAAGUCGAGGAGGGAAGAGCCCACUGGAAGCAACUCGGACGUGAGGUACCACGGGAAUCUUCUCACCAGUCUUUUCGAUCCAGAAGAGCCCCGUGUUGUGACGACCAUCUUCCAGCAGGAAAGCGCGAAGGAUGGGGAUGGUAAGAAAGAAGUGGUCGUAUGGCGCGCUGCCACUGAGGACGAGGCACGCGCCUUGUUCAACUUCAAGGAUCCCAUGCCAGACAGCGACUCCUCACCAAGCGAUACUCUGUCGUCGUUAGCGUCGCUCUCGUCAAAUGCGUCCUCGGACAGCGUCAGAACGGGCUCCAGCCGACAGGUGCUUGUGGCAGCCACCAGAAGCACGUCGCGCGAAAGAAGGCCGGAUUCCAGGCAGCGAGAAGCUCCCAAAGUUCUAGCCCUGCCUCCGGAUGAAACGGAUAAAUCUAGAAGCUACAAGAGGAGCGAAAGCCCGAGGAGGAAUAUCUCCCAAAAGUUAGCGAGCGUGUGGUCUCCAAAGAGGAAUCCUCCACCCAUGGUUCGCCCAGCCGGGAACAGUGUCUUUCAGCCAUCGCCGACGGGAUGGGCACCGUGGCCACCAAGAAUACCCCUGUGCUUCCAUCACUUCGGCCGUCCCGUUAUGAACCCGGACUUUCGCAACUGCCGCGUGACCCCGGCCCCCGUUAACCAGAAGCACGUACCUCAGGAGAGCAGCCAUCACAACUCGAGGGUCUCCUCUUCUGGCAACGAACACAUUCCCCAGAGGUCGAUGCUUCGCUCCGGUUCACUCAGCAGCCACGAGUCUAGUGGCUCGGAUAACGAGAGCACCACCCACGCACAGGAUUAUAGCCGUCAUUCGCGACAUCGCUCCAAGAAAGUGGUGACAUUCAACUACAUGACGAAGGUGCAGUUCAUGUAAAACACGCCGUAAUUCGUGGAGGUGUUCACGUGGAAAUGCGCUGUAAUGUGCCAUACUGGACACAUGUAGGUGAAUCAAAGAUUACUCAGUCUUGAAUAUGCGCCGGGUGGACCGACUUCAGUUCGCCUCGAUGAGGUACCGCCAACAUGAUCAGCUCCCACAACAGGAUACCCCAUGUGUUGUGUACAUAGGAUUUAAUAUAAGAUGGAAAAUAACUCACGCAAGGUCGACAGUGCUCCAGUAAGGGGAAGAAACAAUGGAUUACCAAGCGACGAAGGCACUUCAAAAGUUUAUCUAUCUCAGUUAGUACACGUAAAGCACCUACGACAACCUUGCUUGCUUUGCUCUUUGAUGUGUUUUCAAGAGCCAAGUGAAGAGUGAUCUGCUGUGCGUCAGCGGACAAAAGGCAUCGGAGACUAACGUGACAGUUACGGAAUACCAAGGAAGUUUCAUUGACUUGCAUCGGGAGAAGUAAAUUGACCGUAAGGGGCACUCAUCAGCCUGGUUGAAGAUCGCUAACACCGCAAGGGAUCACUAACUCUGAACGGAAGAAAACAUCGUCAUGUUCCUUCCAGUCUUCUACUGCACGUAGGAAGACUUCUAGGAAGGAGACCCGUCUUGAAAACUUGCGUGACCAAUCGACCAUAUCCAAGUGCAUUGUGGGAUACUAUGUAACGGUAAAGUCUUGUCUUUUUACCUCGUUGUCAACCUAAGUCUACCAACUGUGGAUAGUUUACAAAAGAAAAAAAAUAUCAGUAAGGUAAAGGAGCACAUGCUGU